AUGGAGACCAACACAGAGGCCCGGCGGCUCUUAUUCCUCACCAAUGCCGAGCUCGGCCAGGCCAAUGUGCAUCUCGCCGUGAUUGAAUGGCUUCUGGCGCACCAGCCCCAAAUCGAGCUGCAUCUGUGCUCCUUUGCGUCGCUGCGGCCCGCCGUCGCCGCCAUCAACGACGCGGCCGGGGCGGACACGGCAGCGCCGCGGGUCACGUUCCACGCGCUAUCCGGCGCGCCCUGGAAAGAAUGCCUCUUUGAGCGGCCGGAGCACCAGUGGCAGGAAAUUUGCGCCCUGCCGCCAACGGCGUGGAGCGUGGCGCGCUCCGCGCCGCUGAUGCCGCGCGUGGUGCUCCCGUGGAACGCCGACGAGCUGGUCGACCUGACCCGGCAGGUCAAAGAGGUCGUCGAGAGCGUGGACGCGCAGCUCGUCAUCGUGGACAAUCUGUUCACGCCCGGAAUCACCGUCUGCUACAACGUCAACCCAAAGUGGUGCGUGCUGUCGCCCAACACAUACCGCGAGUUUAUCCUCGGCGACCAGCCGCGAUACGAAAACUACUGGAAGCAUCCGCCAACGUCGUCAUUUAUCCCGUACCCAGUGCCGUUCUACAUGAUACCCUCGGCGCUGUACCAUCAGCGCCAGUGGACGAGGAACAGGCAGAGCACCUGGAUACACGAAAACGCCGUGCAUUUGUGGGAGAAGACGGACAAGAAGAUCAUCUACGCAGACUGGGGGCGGCUGAGCUACGACCCGCCCAAGGACCUCAAGAUAUUUCUGCCCAGCAACGCCAUUGUCGACUUUCCCUUUUCCAAGAUCCCGGACCACAUCGUCUCGUGCGGACCAAUCCUCCGCCCUGUCGCGACCUCUCUCGAGGAGGCGGAUCCUAAACUCGCCGCGUGGCUCCGUCGGCGUCCGACCGUCUACAUCAAUCUCGGAACCCAUGUCCUGUACGACAGCGACACGCAGAUCAAUCUGGCCGGCGCCAUCAAAGCGCUGCUCGAGGCCGCCGCGGCGAAGAAGCAGGAUAUCCAGGUGCUGUGGAAAGUGAACCGGGACAAGAAGAAGGAGGGCUCAGACCACGAAGCUCUCUACAAGGAACUCGGCCAAGAUGGCGAUCAGGACCGCGUGUUGAUCGUGGACUGGUUGUUGGCCGAGCCCGUGUUGGUGCUGAAUUCGGGAUCCAUUGUAUGCUCUGUCAACCACGGCGGCGCAAACUCCUAUUUCGAGGCAGUCAGUGCCGGCGUUCCCCAAAUCGUCCUGCCCGUGUGGUUUGACACAUACGACUUUGCCCGGCGGGUGGAAUACUUUGGCAUCGGCAAGAUUGGCAACCGCAACAACGCGCCAAAGUGCUGUAAAGACGAGUUGGCGCCGAUAUUUAAACAAGUCGUGCUAGAGGAGGCAGGCAAGCUGAUGCAGGCCAAGGCAACAAAAAUGGCCGAGGCGUGCAAGGCGAGCGGGCAGGGCUCGGAGAAGGCGGCCAGGGGCAUUCUAGAGUUACUGGAGGGUACUGCGGCUUGA